AUGAAGCGCGAAGGCUUCGCUGACUGUGUGGGGUUCGUCGAUAGAACUACGUUCACUCUACCACAGAAACCAGGAGUUGACGUGGGUGGCCCGGUUCCUGUGCUGACAGCACGGUUUAUCGUGGGAUGCGCUGUCAAAAACGGCUACAAGCCGUACUUCUUUAGUUCUGGUCAGUAUUUGCUGAAGGAUUCUGCGUAUCCCGCGGACAAGGCACACACCACACUGGUACCAGCUUAUAAGAAAAUCAAGCAGGAACUGACAACGCAGUUUUCAACACAUGUGUGUCUCACGUAA